AUGGGCGAUGUCUCUUCCUGCCCGCCUCUGACACGCUCGUCGGUCCAGGCGGCCCAUGCAGCAAUCAAGCAGCACAUCCACCGCACUCCCACCAUCACAUGUGACACCAUCUCCCAUCUCGCCUCGACCCCUCAAACUUCCGAAUCGCUCGAAGGAACGCCUUUCGCAGGUCAAACACCGUCCAAGCCACGCAUCAACCUCUUCUUCAAAUGCGAGAACUACCAAAAGAUUGGCGCCUUCAAGGCGAGAGGUGCCUUUCAUGCACUGAGUCGUCUAUCAAAGGAAGAGUUGAGUAAAGGCGUUGUCACACACAGUUCGGGCAACCACGCCCAAGCCCUCGCUCUGGCUGCCCGUACUCAUGGCAUUCCGGCUCACAUUGUCAUGCCUACCAUUAGUACACCGUCCAAGAUCGCUGCAACCAAAGGCUAUGGAGCGAAUGUCAUCUUUUCUGGAUCUACUUCCGACGAAAGAGAAGCUGUAGUGGCCGACGUGAUACGAGAUACUGGUGCUAUACUUGUGCCUCCGUACGAUCACCCGAACAUCAUGCUUGGUCAAGGCACAUUGGCUCUCGAGCUGGAAGAGCAAGCCAAGGAUUUAGAUGAACGAGGGCUGGAUGCUGUUGUAGCCCCUUGUGGUGGAGGUGGCAUGCUCUCCGGCGUGGCCACAGCUCUAUACGGAACUGGUAUACGUGUCUUCGGUUCUGAGCCCAGCUUUGAAGGUGCCGACGAUGCGAAAAGAGGCGUCGAGUCAGGCACUCGUGUCGAAAAAGUAAAGACAUUGACAAUUGCUGAUGGUUUGAGAACACCACUGGGUAAGAUUCCAUGGACUAUCAUCAGCGACAAAGAGAAGGUGAAGGGCAUGUACAGCGUUACUGAAGAUCAGAUCAAGGCUGCUAUGCGCCUUCUACUUGAAAGAGCCAAAGUCUUCGUCGAGCCGAGUGCCGCCGUGCCACUCGCCGUGGUUUUGUACGACGAAGGCUUCAGAAGUAUGGUCGAAAAAGAAGGAGGUGAGCAAGGCUGGAACAUUGGCAUCGUCCUGUCCGGAGGAAACACUACAGUCGAAGCCAUUGCCAAACUCUUCGAGCCCAGCUCCGAGCAGCGAGCUGAAAGGCAAGAGGCGAAGCUGGGUAUGAAUGGCGAGAGAGUUGCGGAAAACGUUGCUGGCUAG